ACGAGCACGACACGGUAGAAGGAAGAGGCAUGACGCCAUGUUUUGAUGUCGUCAUCCCCCCCCAAACCGCUGUUUCUCGAGCUAGCACAAUAGUCUGUCAGUGUUUUUCUGUUGUGUGCGCCUCGUGUUCCGUGUUCCUGGUGGCCGUUUUCGGCGUGGCCCGUAGCUCAGUUCGAUCGUCUCGACGUGGUUUGAUGGUUGGUUUCGCGGCCGCGACGCUCUUAUCCUCGUGGGUCGACGGUCGCUGAAGGUGGCCCCCUUCGUCUCGUUUACAUGUCUGGGGAAGUGACCGCGGAGCGGGGGGGUCCUCCGCGAGCGUCGUCUACGUGGUGGUAGUGUCCUAGUGCGGGGAGGACGAGCGACAAAGAUCCUCCGUUGCGAACGGUACUCGUUCCAAGUGGUUACGUCACGCGACCCUGAGAGCUGGGCUUACGGAGGAAACGGUUUGCCAGAGAAGUGGACGGCGACGACGACGGGGACGAGGACGACGGCCCUGCUAAAAUGGAGCUGCGCCUGCACUCGCCAGCCGGAGCAGAACCGAUCGUCUAUCAAUGGCCCCUCACUUCCGGAUCUGGAUCCGACCGACACGAUGGCGCACUUGAUGUUGUUGAAACAAUGAGAUGGGUUUGUGAAGAUUUGCCGGACUUGAAAUUACCACUUGAAAAUAAUAUUUUGUGUGAUUAUGAUACCAGAGAUUAUGAGAGUAUGAAAAAUUUAUGCGACAGAUUCAAUAGAGCAAUUGAUAGUUUAGUUCAAUUGGAAAAGGGCACUAGUUUACCAUCUCAGAGGCUAAAUAAACGACCUAGUCGAGGUUUACUGCGACAUAUACUUCAGCAAACAUAUAAUCAGGCUGUAGUAGAACCUGAUAAAUUGAAUCAGUAUGAACCUUUCUCACCGGAAGUUUAUGGGGAAACUAGUUACGAACUUGUGUGUCAAAUGAUCGACCAGAUUGAAAUAACAGAUGACGAUGUAUUCGUUGACUUGGGAUCUGGAGUUGGCCAAGUAGUUCUUCAAAUGGCAGCAGCAACAUUGUGCAAAAUUUGUGUUGGUGUAGAAAGAGCUGAUGUACCGUCAAGAUAUGCACAAAGUAUGGAAGUAAACUUUCGUAAAUGGUUGAAUUGGUACGGAAAAAGAUGCGGCGAGUAUCGUUUGGUAAAAGGCGAUUUUUUAGCUGACGAACAUCGUGAAAGCAUUACCGGAGCAACAAUAGUGUUUGUGAAUAAUUUUGCGUUUGGUCCGACGGUGGAUCACCAGCUGAAAGAACGGUUUGCUGACUUGCGGGACGGUGCACGUAUAGUAUCAUCGAAAUCAUUCUGCCCCCUUAACUUUCGUAUAACGGAUAGAAAUCUCAGUGAUAUUGGUACAAUAAUGCACGUCUCGGAAAUGUCACCACUGAAGGGUUCUGUUUCUUGGACUGGUAAACCAGUGUCUUAUUAUUUACAUGUAAUCGAUCGUACCAAGUUAGAACGUUAUUUCCAUCGUUUAAAGAAUAACAAACAAGGUGGGGACGAAAACUCCGAUUCUGUGAUAAAUAACACUGCCAGCAGUAAUAAUAAGGUAACAAGUAGAGGCGAACGAGGUGACAGAGCUAAGCGUGAUUUGUCGCGGCAGUUAGAGAGCCCAAAUCAUUCGGAGCAGCAAGGGACAAAUAGCGACUCGGAUGCGGAUGACGGCACUAUUAAAAGUCGUCGGCAGCCAAAUAAAAUUCGUAGGAAAUUGAAUAGGAAAACAAACGGUAUUACGAGACCUCCUGCUAGAGGCAGGCAGAGAGGCAGAGGUGUAAAGAAGUCCAAGCCCAAGAAGGCAAUUAAUAUCUCUGGCCUGGACUUGCUGCACAGUCAAACGCUACUCAGCACGUCCCCACAAGCUCUAGGGAAGAAACCGCCUCCCGCGCCUGGUUGCGUGGAUCAACAGCUAUCUUCGUUAUCGCUCUCUUUGCAGUCACAUUCCACCUCUGUACACGAAGAACUUAGCAUACCACCUGCUCCGUCCGCCACUCCUUAUGCUUUACAGAUACUUCUGGACUUGUACAGGGACCAAUUCAUGCUCAUGCUGGAAUCAAUGAGAACUCCUCAGUACAGAGUAUCAGUGAAUACAGACAUUGCAAAAGAAAGGGAGAGAAAUUCGAAAUUGCAAUCAAGAGCAGCGCAACUAGAGAAACAAAUAAAAGUAUUAAUCGACGAUAGCGUAGCUUUAUUGAAAGCAAGAAUGACUGAGCUAGGUAUAAAUGCUACGUCACCCGGAGACUUACUUGCCAAAGCUAAGGAGAUAGUUCUUAGACAUAAGCAGUUGCAAGCUAAGGCGAGUAAAUUGCAAGCACAAGUUGCAUCUAUGGAAAGUGAACAAUCUAGACUGACGGCGCUUAGACACCAAGAGUUGCAGGAAAAGUACAAUAGUUUAACGAAUGCUAAUGGUAUGUCGAAUCCGCCUCAACCACUCACGCAGGAUUAUAUACUGAAAGAGAUAUCAGCGACUCUUUCUCAGCGCAAAAGACUGCACUGCCAGGUAUCCAAAUUGGAGCAUGAGCUGAAUGUGUUAGAAAGAGCAAGUAGUGAAAAACAAGCUGCUGCGUUAGUCCAACAGCAGAGGGAAGCAGCGGGUAGUAAGCAUUCACAAAGUCAGCAUCAUCAUCAACAGCAAAAUGGUAAAAGUGGAUCGACGAGAAAAAGCAGAGAAGGACGAUCCAGAUCACAAGAAUGGCCGGAUGUCCCAGACAUCGGCAAGAUACAAGAGAAUAAUCCGGAGAUAUUGGCGCAAAAGAUUUUGGAAACAGGCAGACAGAUAGAAGCUGGUCGCAUGUUAAAUAGGCAAAAUACUAGUACAAGUAGCAAUUCUAGAACCAGACUGCCACAAGCAUCUCUUAGCUUUUCUACGACUUCGUCAUCUUCGAUAUCAUCCUCGAUACCACAAACGAGUAAUAAGGAAACAGCAAAUAGGACCCAGGAGCCACCCAGGGUCGCGAACUUUGAGGAUAGGCUAAAAAGUAUAAUCACAAGUGUCUUGAACGAAGAUCAACAAAAUAGAAAUAAACAGCAACAAAUGCAAUUACAAAAUCAGACUGAGCCCGAUAGAAAACGUAUCGCGUUACCACAAAAUGUUUCAACCCCUGAUUAUACACAGGUUUCACCUGCAAAGUUAGCACUUCGCCGUCAUCUCUCCCAAGAACGCCUUUCAUCUCACUUAACACCAUCUGAUAGGCCAACAAUCGACUCCAGGCAACCGAGUCAUGACAAUCGUAUUGUAGCAGGAGGAAAUGGAUUGCUCGGCACUAGGACAAUCGGUGAUUUGGUCAGUGGAGAAAUAGAGAGGACGCUUGAAAUUUCCAAUCAAUCCAUAAUAAAUGCUGCCGUUGACAUGAGCGCGAUGAUAAGACCGGAAACUGUAUAUUCCCCCAUCAGCAGACCUGCUAGCGCAGAGGGUGAUGCUGGUUUAUCAACCCUCGCGCACGUAGCAAGUUAUGCACCAACUUCUUCAGCAGUUUCAACCUGCACUCCAACUGCCACUUCGAGAUCAUCUGUAUUAUUCACACCUGUAACACAGGCUCAGAGGUAUACACCAGUUCAAUUACCUCGUGCAGAUAUCAAACCAUACCAUGAAUCGUAUUUCACUGACAAUCCUUCUCAAAAUCUUGCACAAUCUCAUCCUCCGCCACCUUUGCACUCGUCUCAGGCUGGAUCGAACGGUGAAGUUCUGCCAGUAGAAGGACUGGCAGCGUCCCUACAUGCUCGCAUAUUAAACAAUCAUAACGUUAAAAACGAGUCAAUGCUUUCUACAAGUCGAAGAUUUCAACCAUAUCCUAGAUAUGCAACUAGUAGUAACAGUAAUGGUAGUACGACUACGAAUUGCAUUGUAACGGCCAUUUGUCAAUCACAGCCUUCGAUGCCAGUAAAAACAGAGGCGGUCGUAUCGUCAAUAAGCACAAGCGGAGCACCAUUGAGUCCUCUGGUAGAACCGCACUCGAAUACAUCUACGCCACUAGUCGAUGAACCCCAAAUGACCACGCAGAGGCAACGAAACGGUAUUGGCGACGAUGACGGAGAAGCGGAUUGGCAGGAUAGAAUCAGUUCUGGGUUCGAUAGAUUGGUCGCAUUCGCCUCUACCGAGCUGGACAAACGAAGAAGAUCUACCGAGGGAGUGAACACGAGUCCUGACAGCGGACUAGGUUCUGAUAGUGCUGUCACAGGACCUCCACCAGUGAUUCCCUCUCCCGAUGAAGCACUAGGACCUCCUAGAACUCCUUCACCAACCAGCCCUCGACCACCAAAUCCCUCCAACAGCACCGGCAACAGCGCAUCCUCGGUGCCGCUGAAGUAUCAACGUCAACCCGACCCUGAACGGCAUCAUUUUAAGAAAAAGUUUUUUCAUAGAGAUUGGAAUAACUCUGGAGGCACCAGUAAGUUUCGUCCUAAAGGCAAGGAUUGGGAUUGGAAUCAUUCAGGACAGUGGCCUUCGAAUGACGAACAAUCUUAAUCCGACUUUUAUACUUGUAAUCAUUGAGUAUGAAGCUUUUUAACUAAGGAUUUCUCUUACGGUUGUUAGGUUUGCAGAAUUGAGAGAAUGCCGUCUGCGUUUCUUGAUUGCGGAUGAUGUAUCAUUUCUUUUGAUGAUAACAAUGUUAUUACUCUCCCCUGCUCCUUGUAGUACGGUUAAAGUAAUUUUUAUUAUUAUUAUUAUUAUUAUUAUUAUUAUUAUUAAAUAAUGCGUACAAUGUUGCAGUACAUUCGACACUUGAAUCGAAUGCGGGCAAAUCGCAUUCAAGUUUUAUUAGAUCUUUGUUUCGUACUAGAGAAAGUGAUGUCUGAGCUAAGACAGAGAGCUCGGUAAUUUGUUUUAUUUUUUUAUAUUUCAUGAAGAAAUAUAUAUUUAUUUCUAUGGAGAAAAUUUACGAGGCUAAAUGUACUGCGAAAUUGAAAAUCUAUUUCAAUGGUAAAGAAGCUAUUUAAUAUUUAGCUGUAUACACCCGCGUAUAUCGAAGAGAUGUGAAGGUGAAGAAAAAACGCGAAGUCACACUGUUAUACAUUACUCACUGAUAAGCAUUUUAACACUUAAUAUUAUUAGCCCAUUGCAGUUUUCUGGGUAAAGCAAAAAAAAAAAACAGAUAAAUCGAGUCUAGGGGAUAAAUAUUAACUAUUUGAUAUAUGACAUACGGUGAGAAUGUGUUUGCCUUCGUAAAUAUAUGCUAUUAUACCAUAGAGAUUAUAUUCCCAGAAGGAUAAUCGAACGGUUUGUAAUGCGCGUCUGUAAUUAUGGUACAUCGCUGUCACACGUUUGUAGUGCAGUAAAAAAGGAAAGUAGAAGAGAAGCGCUGUGCAAAAAAUGUGCCAUGUAUUAUGGAUGCUGCACGUUGACGAUAGUUGGUGAACGAAACAAUGUGGACAGAAGCUACCAAAACCUAUGUGUGUUCGUAGCAAAUACUCGCCGUAAGUUUUAUACACGCGGCUCUCAUUAGGGGGCUGUUCCAGGUACGCUUUAGAUUUUUAUAAAACUUCAUAAAUUCUAUUUUAAUUAUUCAAAAUGUUUUGGUUUAGAUACAAACCACUUGAAAAUGUUCCGAAGGUACAGUUACUAACAGAAAAUUAAUCGAAUUCAUUGGGCCCAUCUUCUGAACUCAAUACAUAUAUCGCUCACCUAAGUAAGUAAUAAUAAAGAGGACAAAUAAAAUUAAGAGCAAAUCGUAUAUGUAAAUUGCCCGAUAAGGAUCACAAUAAUCGGAAAAGUGGUACUCCGGCAAGAAUUGCGGGAGUAAAUAAUAACAAUAAAAUAGGUUUCAAUAGCAGAAUGUGACCACACCUAAUCUUAUGCCAAAAAUAGUCAAUACCAAAAGUAGAACGGUACUGCUGGUUGAGAUUCUAAAUUCUGUACAAAUGUUCUCAUUCCAGCUAGUAUUUCAAAAGUGUUUUAGUUAUUCCGUAAUACUAGCAGAUAAUAUACAAUGUGCGAGUAAUGAGAAAUCUCGUUGUACAAACAUGACAUUGUAUUUUAUACACAGAUAGUGACGAAAAAUGUCUGAUACACUUUUACGAUAUUUUUCGGUGGUUUGUAAACAAAUUGCAGAAGUAUUCAAUGAAUACGAAUUUUAUUCUGAAAUAAAAAUUUAGAGUGACAGUUUAAUUGAACUCUUUAAAAGUCAAUAUAUCAGUAACUAAUAUGUGUUUUGUAGAUUUAUUCUUAGUAUUAGAGUUAAAAUUGUACAUACAGGAAGUUUUCUAAAAGUCUAAUAGUGUCUGCGAUGGUCCUCCAUCAACAAUCUUCCAUCGUUUCAGGAAGGUUUUAUAUUGAAGUGUUCACUGCCGCUGAUAGAACGUUACGGUGGCAGACAGUGAAAAGAAUAGUCAUUUCACCGAAAGUUAAUUCGUUUUCUCAUUUUCGGCACAAAUUUACCCACUGAUUUGUAAGAUUGUGCAGAAUGCAUCCAAAGAAUGAUCUCUGCGUGUUUAUCGAGUAGAAAAGUUGAAACCGGUGAUUUGUCGGCGGUGCUCGUUCGGAUCGAUAGCAACGAUCGCCGCCGAAUUCGAGAAUAAAUUUGUAAAUAGAUGCGACGCAACAUCGACUAUGCGCGUCUAUGUAUAAAAGAUUUUUUUAGUCACUGUGUCGUAUAUAUAGCAGUAUCGGAAUGUUGUAAAAAAAAAGCAAGGAAAACAGGAAAAAACGAGAACACAAUUCCGAGCAAUCGUCAUUCGAUGAAUCUUGUAAAAAAGGAAUAACUUGACCGGCUCGCCGUAUAUAAUUGUAAUUAGUUAUCGAAUUAUUUAAUAAUCCUCUCUUCUCCCACCCCGAUCCUCCCAACCCCCUCCGACGUAUACAUUAACACAUAAACGAUUAAAUAACGAUGUAGGCACCUGCCAAGUUUAGCGUGUUAUAUACACUGCCGAAUCUUCUAUUAAUUUUAUUAUUGAUCAUGAUUAUUUAUUGUUUUUAUUGAAAUAUUUUAAUACUAAGGUUUUUGUAACAAGCAGAUGCAGAUAGUUUUCUCUUUCAUUCCCACCUUCCCGGCGAUUGUAAUUAUUGUCACACGACGACACAGAAUUUUACGAAUCACGGUUACCUUGCGGAAAUAAGGAAACUUGUGUGCAGUGUGCUGAACAAUUUUCUGUUUCGAUUUCCGUUUGGAGCGCGACGAGAAGAGAAUCGACAAACACAAGCAUAGAACGGAGGACACAUUUUUAAGCGUAUAUCAUCCAUUCAGAUGUUGUUUGAUUAUGCCCGUUGUAAUCGAUACAAUAUGAAGAAUUUCUGUUGUAAUGGAUCUAGUUACAUCUAGGUGUAAUAAUUCGUUUUUCAUGUGAGUGAGUGACGCCGAAAACGUCUAGAAAAGCGGUAAAAUGAUAUCUUUCGACAUGUAUGUAUGCAGAUACGUGUAUACUGCAAAAUGCAACAAAGUACAAAGUUCUACCUGAAAACAGAUUAUAUUUCCUAUAGCAUCAAUUUUGUACGUCGAGCAACAAAUGCAUUCAAAUAUACUACAUUUUUCACUUAA